AAGAAAGGAAAAGAAAUUACAAGGUUCGUGAAUCUACUAGCUAUAUUCUCCAAAGAUUUGUGUCUUAAAAUCCCCCCCUUUUGCUUUUUCGUUGUCCCUAGCAGAAUUGGUUUCUGCCUGUCUGGAGAUACACUCCCCAAUAAAAACGUGCUAGUCGCAGUGUCUAGACAAAUAGGCCGACAUGAGCUAACGGUGCGGGUUGCCCCAUCCAUGGCAGCUUUCUUUCUUUCUACCUAAGGUACUCUCCGAACUAGUGCUACGGUCCUAUCGUCCUCCACCUGCCUCCCACAUUGGUUACGUCCACCAACCCUUCACCGUCGACAUUCACCGCACACCAACCGCCGUAACUCCUGGCCGCUGCCUUUCCCAUCGAGCGCCCCCUGCAAUCUCUCAUCCCUCUCCUUUCUAUAUUUUCUCUCCAGCCUCAAGCAAUCGGUCCCUCCUCACACCUCUCCCUCCCUAUUCCCUUCACCGCAUCUUCCUCCUUUCGUUUCCUCAUCAUCUCGGGUCUAGACACCCUUGGAAGAUUAUCUGCACAGUCACUUGCAGAGCCUCAGGUAGCUCCAGGUAUACAAUAUGGUCGUCGCCACUAUCAAGUGUGUUGUCGUCGGUGACGGUGCUGUGGGCAAGACAUGUCUCCUGAUUUCCUACACAACAAACAAAUUCCCCUCCGAAUAUGUUCCUACCGUUUUCGAUAAUUAUGCCGUCACUGUCAUGAUCGGCGAUGAACCGUACACCCUGGGACUUUUCGAUACUGCUGGUCAGGAGGAUUACGACCGUCUUCGUCCCCUUUCGUACCCACAGACCGACGUCUUCUUGGUCUGCUUCUCCGUGACAUCCCCCGCUUCCUUUGAAAACGUGCGCGAAAAAUGGUUCCCCGAAGUUCAUCACCACUGCCCUGGUGUCCCCUGCCUUAUCGUGGGCACCCAAACCGACCUGCGUGACGAUCCUGCUGUCCGCGAAAAGCUUUCCCGCCAGAAGAUGCAGCCCAUUCGCAAGGAAGACGGAGACCGGAUGGCUAAAGAAUUGGGCGCUGUGAAAUAUGUUGAAUGCUCCGCCCUGACUCAAUAUAAACUCAAAGACGUUUUUGAUGAGGCAAUUGUUGCCGCCCUCGAGCCUGCUCCUAAGAAGUCGAAGAAGUGCGUUUUGCUGUAAUUGCAUCUGCAUCUGCUUAGAGCAGGCUACAUCGCAUAUUUCGAAAAAGAUCGAGGUUUUGAAGCGCAUAAAACUAAACUGUUAUGGAUAUCAAAGGCCACAGCUCAUGAGUCGAUUACCAUCUGUUAUCCAAACUCGAAACGAUAUUUUUUAAUGUUGCCAUCCUCGUAUUCUUUCGUUGCUCAUGUUAUGGCAUUCAUUGAUCCGAUCCGAUAUACCCUGGGAUAUUUUGAUUUCCCAACUCUGCCGCGGAGACUAUCAACGAACCGAACCACUUUACCUUCAUCUUCCAGCCGGCUUGUCUUUGCCAUAUUAUCCCCCUACUCUCCUCCUACUGCCCUAUCAUUUCCUGUCUCUUCCUACUCUUCCUUUGUCCAUUUUCGAUUCUCUAUUAUCACUCAUCAUCCCUAUCGGCGUUGGAAGUCGAGGCGUCUUGUUUUGGCUGGCUGAUGGUAUUGAUCUGUUUCUUUAUAUUCGCGAUUUGUUGUCACGCCUGCGCCUCCUGUCACAUUGCUGUGCCAUUUUAUCAUUGUCAUGUUUCAGUCUUGAACUAGAUAGCACAGAUAUAUCAGUGACCACCAAGUAUUUGGUACUGAAAGACCAUGCCGUAAUCAGGUUGAAAGUAAUGAAAUCUGUUAUUGCUAGUCGUA